AACGCGGCGAACACCCUUCUGAACAACAAGGCGGUUAAUGGUUUAGUCUACCGUAGUACACCUAGUACUCAGUACCGUAGACUCGAAUCUACCGGUCAAACAAUCAGCGAGCUCUGUCGAGUCAAGCUAGCUAGCUUGGACGAAAUUUCUUACUUUACCUCAUUACUUUUUAAAGACUUGCUUUUAAUAGCACAACGAGCCAAGAUUUAUGCAGAGCACUUGAACUUGCCGUCGUCAACAGAGUUCCUCCAAAAAUAUUUUGCUAGUACGGUAGCACCUGGGCAAUGUGCCUAGAAGCGAUGCUGCACUCCAAUCAACCAUGUCCAUCAAGCCUCUGCCACCCGAGGUGGCUGCGCAAGUGAAGUCAUCCUCGGUCAUAACGUCCCUAAACGGCGUGGCACUGGGACUCCUCCGCAACUCUCUCGAUGCCAAUGCAACCAAGGUCAAUAUAUCGGUUGACUAUCGACUGGGGAAUUGUAUCGUUGAGGACAAUGGAUUUGGAGUCCCUGAAACCGAGUUCCGGGAUACUGGAGGGCUGGGAAAGCUUCACUUUACAUCCAAAUUUCCUCCUCAAGAUAAUCUUUACGGUCGGAAUGGCGCUUUUUUAUUCUCUGUCGCAUCUCUGUCUCUUCUUUCAGUGACGUCCCACCAUCAGAGACAAAACUCCCACGCCACCCUCGUUACUCACAAUUCGGAGCUUGUCUCACGCCACAUACCUGCUCUUCCGGAGCAGAGGAUCCUAGUUUUCCCCCAUGGCACCAGAGUUGCCGUUCGUGAUCUUUUUGGCUCAAUGCCUGUCCGUGUAAAGCAGCGAGCACUCGAGGCGGCCCGGACAGGCUCCGGUCGCGACUGGGGCCAGCUGGUCCGGAUGGUAGUUUCGUUGCUUCUUGGCUUCACAGGUAUCGCUGCUGUUACGCUACGAGACAUGCAAUCGACUCGAGUCUUGACUUUGAGGUCCGAUAGUAGCAGCCUGAUAUCCCGAACAUCUCGCAUACUCUCCAGAGCUGCACUCUGGGAUAACCCCGACGUUGCUGAGUGGGUGCCACUCAGUGCCUCUUCCGCGGGAAUUACGAUAGAUGGCUGCGUUUCGCUUGCUCCCGCACCUUCCAAGAAGAUGCAAUUCAUCACACUUGACAUGGAGCCCAUCUCUGAUGAUCUCAAGUCGAAUGUGCUCUUUGACGAGAUCAACAAGGUCUUUGCCAACUCCCAAUUUGGAUUUAUCGAAGAUUUGCACUUUGACACAUCAAUAUCGGCUGUGAAAUCCGAGGGCGCGAUUUCCAACGAGAGGAAUAGAGCCAAAAAGGGAAUCGACCGAUGGCCCGUUUUCUAUCUCAGGAUAUCACUGCAGGGAUGUAUUCCGAAUGCUGCCCUAGCCUCGAAAGAUGCAGUUCUAGACGGUGGCCAUGACGCCCUGCCUAAAAUUAUGGAUCUUCUCAAAGCAAUGUUCUAUGCCUUCCUCAAGAAACACAGCUUUUGUCCACAUAAAGUGGACAUUUCUGGCAGAACUUCUCGCAUAUCUCCAGUCAAACGCCCAUGCUUGACAGAGCACUCGCAUGGCCACACGACUCUAUCUUCCUCAAACAACCACCCUGCAACCACACAAGUAGGCGUGUCUGAGAAAACAAAUACAUAUCGCAUUCCACUUUCGAGAAAUGUGAUCUCCGGGUCGAACCCGCAAACCUCUGGUUCUACCGGCAGUUUGGCUUACUCACCAACUAGCGCAAUGCCAAAGUAUGUUGUAACUACUCGCCCACCAAAAGAUUCUAAUAUGCAUAGUGCAACAUUUCAAGGACCCGUUGUUGGAACAGAGGACAUCGCGGUGGACGACAAGAAGUUUGGUAGUGGCUCACCCAACAUGCCGUUAAAUAAACAUGGUGCCAGUCUAGAAAUUGCUCCGAGUCAGGCGCAAUCACAGACGUCGAAAAGUGGCGGUCAAUUACCCGAAGGUUACUUUCGCUGGGAGAACCCAGCAACCAAAGUCACUUCUCUCGUAGACUCAAAAACUGGGUUUAUCAUGCGAUCGGCAAAUGAGCGGCCAAGCAUAAACCGCACUAGGAAUACUCCUGCGAUGGGAAAUCAGGAAGCAAAGCAGAAAGAAGCAAGCCCUUGGCUCAAAAAUCUCCUCGCCUUGUGGGAAAACCCCGUUUUUGAGACAACUGAGGCUGCGAUACCUCGCCUGGCUGAUACAAACGCUGGGUUUGGAGAUGCAACGUCCAAGCAAAGUGGCUGCUCAUUAAGCCUUGGACGCCAAGGAGACAGAGAGUCUUUGGCUCUGGAGGGGCGUUUUUCCAAGUCAAGCCUACAGCAUUGUGAAGUUGUAUCGCAGGUUGACCAAAAGUUUAUUCUCGCCAAGCUGCCGAUCUUUCGAAAUUCUGUAUGCCCAGCUGGACAAACUGUCUUUGCGCAUAAUGAAAAAUUAAAAGAAGCUAUCCCGAGCUUGGCACUGGUUAUCAUCGACCAGCAUGCGGCAGACGAGAGGUGCCGUGUGGAAGCUUUGAUGGCCGGUUACUUCGAGAUAAACGAUUCUAAUGGCAACACCACGCCGAGUCCUGUAGCUGAGAUGCUCUCUGUCCCAGUCGUUAUUGAUUUGACCCGUCAGGAGUGUGAUUUAUUGGAGCACUAUAUAUCCCAUUUCCGACGAUGGGGCAUUUGGUACGAAAUGAUAUCCGUCACUCAGCCAGCCAUGGCGACAACAGAGGGGGGCAGAAGGGGUGCCAACCAGGAGCAGAAUCGUCUCAAGCGAGUCUGCGUUACAAGACUACCUCCAUCUAUCCUUGAAAGAUGUCGCUCAGAACCCAGUUUGCUGGUUGAGCUCCUGAGAAAGGAGGUUUGGAGACUAGAGGAAGAUGAGACGAUAUCUCGGGCAGCCUUGUCGAUAGCGGGGAGAGCUAGCCUGCGUGAGAGUUCCGACGAGGCAGAACACAGCUGGGUUCCCUGGUUUCAUGGGUGCCCGCCCGGAAUUCUGGAGCUUAUUAUUUCCAGAGCAUGCAGGAGUGCCAUAAUGUUUGGUGAUUCACUGUCAGUGGAGGACUGCCGAGCUCUACUUGAUCGUCUUGGAAAGUGUGCAUUUCCUUUCCAAUGUGCCCACGGCCGUCCAUCAAUGGUUCCUCUACUGGAGCUUGGUGAUCACCUGCCUGGUUGCGACAGCUCUGAGAUCUGGUGAUCCCAUUAUAAGAUAGGUACAGUGGAGGGGAUCAAAUGUCUUUUUUUCUCUGUGAGAACUGAUAAAUUUGUAUUUUGAUCACACUUUUAUUACAUGCGUGGAAAUGCCAGGUACCAAGGGGAAAUGACUGAGCUUAGGUACCUACCUACCUACCUUAGUUAGGUAGCCGAUUGCAGAACUGGCAGCCAGUGUCAGUCACCUUGUAGCUACCUACCUAGGUAGGUAAGGUAGGUAAGGUAUUCACCAAUAUUCUUCUCUCUCCUCGGGCUAAAAGAAAUAAGAUCAUUCCACAUAAAUGGGUAGGGAGUAGGUAGGUUGGUCGUCGCUGCUAAGGUACAUUGAGGCAGGUACCUAGGUAUAUAGGUAGGUAGGUGCCGUUAUACGAUAUACCUUGUCAUGAUACGGGUUAGGGUUGCCGUAGUUCGCACAGCCACAAGCAAGUGACGCUACCUAUCCCUGCUGUGGCAGAAGCUCGC